GAGACGUUUCCGGGUUGGGAUGGCGUCGAGAGAGCAGCUAUUGCCGGGAGAGGAUGACCAAAGCGUCUACCGGAAGCUGCUGCUGAGCCAUGGCAUCACCAGGCUGGCGACCCAGGGCUGGCUCUUCAUUGCGCCCUUGGUGCUGCUGAGGUUCACCCCGGGCCAGCUCUUAGGCCCGGCCUUCUGGGGACUUUGCACCACGCUGGGCACCUCGCUGCUGAGUCCCCCGCUGGGCGCCUGGGCGGACCGCAGCUGCCGCAAAACCACGGUGACGCUGGGCGUGGCCGCGCAGGCGGUGGCGGUUUUGGGCGCCACAGCGGUGCUUUUGCUGUCGAAAGUGGAGGGCAGCGACUGGGGCGCUUUGCUGGCCUUCAGCGGCUUCAGCGUGCUGGAGAAGCUGGGUGCCGCUUUGAGCGACGUGUCUGUGAAGCGGGAGUGGGCGCCGCGCCUCUUUGAGGGCGACAUGCUCAAGCGCACCAACUCCAUGAUGUCGCAGAUCGAUCUGGCCAGCGAGACCGUGGGCCCUUUCAUUGCUGGGCUCCUGAUCAUGCCAUCGCUGCAUCUUCCUGGUCUGCCGCCUGAGAGGGCGGGCUUUGUGAUGGUCGGGCUGCUGAACGCGGCCUCCUUCCUGCCGCAGCUGCGGCUCCUGCUGCAGAUCUUCGCGGCGCGGGAGGCCAAGCUUCAGCCCCUGCGAGCGGAGGAGGUGCAGCGCAAGGCCAACCCUCUGGUGCUCAAGGGCGGCGCCUGGACUGCCUGGCUGCACCACCCCAGCGGCAUCCAGUUCCUGGGCCUCUCCUACUCCUUGCUCUACCUCACGGUGCUGUCGCCCCAUGGGGCCUUCCUCACUGCCCACUUGGCACAGCAAGGCGUGCCCAGUUGGCAACUUUCCCUGCUGAGGGGUGCUGGGGCGCUGCUGGGCGUGCUGGGCGUCAUGGCGCACUCCUCCGCCAGCGUUCGCCUUGGCCGCUGCGGGGAUGGUCUCUUCGUGCUGUGGCUGGCGGGAAUGACCCUCCUGGCGCUGAGCGCCUACCACCAGGUGGAGGGGCGGGGGCUCACCUGGCCUCUGCUGAUCUUCAUGUCGGCCGUGUGUUUGGCGCGGCCAGGGUUGUAUGGCUUUGAGCUGGGAGUGCUGAACACGGAGCAGGAGUUGGCCGACGCUCGGCACCGCUCAGCGAUAGGCUCCGUGGACACGGCCCUCACGUCCUUCGCCACGCUGGCCAUGUACGGCUCGGGGCUUCUUCUGGGCCGCUUCGCAGCUCGGAUGAUUUGGAUGCUGCUCUACCAUUCGCAUCGCCACAGGCACGGCCAUUCCCACGGUGAUCACGGCCACAGCCACGAGCACGACGGCGAGCACCCACACACCCUGCAGCAGGAGGAGG